AUGGCGAACGGAAUUCCGGGUCAUGAGGAGGACCUCCAUCGCCGACGUAUGGCAAUCCUCAAACCCAAGUUGGAGGCUCAUAACAGAAACUUCAUCCACUUCCUCAGGAAAUCUUGCAACAGUAGUACCAUUUUCCUCCUCCUAAGUUUGGACAUUCUGUCAUUUGCCUUUAGGAUCAAGGAGAAAGGACUGAGCACAGGUUGGUAUGAAGCGGCUGUUAUACUAAGUGCUGUCAUUCUGAUCGUCAUAGUCCAAUCCAUUUGUGAAUCUCGGAAUGAAAGUUCACGUCAGCUAUCAACAAACCAGCUUUGGCAAAAUCAGGAACCGAAAGUUCAUGUUUUGAGAGGGGGAUGCCGUCAAACUAUUUGCAUCUCCGAUGUCCUCUUGGGAGACAUUGUGCUAUUAGAGAAGGGAGAGCAAGUUCCUGCUGAUGGUUUGCUCAUACCCACUGAAUCCUUGGAAGUGAAUGACAAAGCUGAUCCCAUCAUCAAUGAUCAUAAUCCAUUCGUGUUUUAUGGUUCCAAAGUAACUGAUGGUACUGGAAAAAUGCUAGUGACCUCAGUUGGUGCCAAGACAAAGUUGGGAAAUAUGUUGAGCAGAGCUCGUCCAUCAAAAAGGACACCAGUAGAGGAGCAACUCAGAAAGCUGAGCAAUUCGACACAAAUAAUCGGUAUUGUCAUCUCAAUAAUCAUCAUUGUUGUGUCGUUCUCACGGUUCAAGCUCAAGAAGGAAUAUGAUAAUUCAGGCCUGCGGGACUUCUCAGGGAAGUCACAUACUCUGAAGGGAUUAUAUGAAGCUAUAAAGAGAGUUGCCCUGAGACCACAAGGGAUGUUAACUAUGCUGACUUCUUCACUUACUUUGCUACUAGUUGGAAUAGCCGAAGGACUACCAUUAGCAAUUACUAUUGCCAUCACUUGCUGGAACAAGAGGAUGCUAGAAGGCGUUAACUCUCAAACACGCAAGCAAUAUCAGCUUACAGAUCUUGAACAAAACCCAGUAGAAGGAACUGGCAAACCAUCGGCAAAGGAACUUCAAUGGAAGGCGAUCAAAGUCCUUUGUUUCGAGCUUAGCUUCGAUCCAACUCACUCGCUAACUGAACAUAACCAUUAUACAGCAGAAAUGUCGAGAAAACAGAAGUACAGACAUGAAUUUGGAACUAGCACCUGCAAGCGAGCUCAGUUGAAGCACCAGUCGGUCUCAUGA